AUGCCCCAUGACAACGACCUUGGAAGGCUUUCAACUUGCACCUCUUGUCGCUUCAAGGAGAACAGGUCUAACUACUGGACUGCUGUCCUCUACUUCAAAGCAAGAAAUGGAUCGUUCAUAAGAGUUCCUCAAAUGCCUAACCAAUUCACAGGAACCUAUAAUGGCGGCGCGACUAUAUAUUACAUCCAACCUAUCGGUUCUAACCAACGUGUCACCGCCUUCCCCAAGGGUUUCCGUAUGAUCGUCGGCGACCCAUUCUCCCGAGCCCGAAAGACUUCGGGUACCAACGACAUCGACGCCCGUGCGAUUACCUUCCGCUGCUUCGGUCCCAACUUCCAGAGCGACCCCAGCUUCAUCCACCCUGGCACUGGUAAUCGCGAUACCGUCGCACUCCCUACUGGACGAUGCGAAGGUGGCAUUCGUUCCAACAUCUUCUUCCCAUCAUGCUGGAAUGGGAGGGACAUCGAUCCUCCGGACCACUCUUCCCACAUGGCAUUCCCCACUGGAACGAUUGGGCGUGACGGCCUUUUCUUCCACGUUGGCUCCUGUCCUUCAUCCCAUCCCACGCGCAUGCCACUUCUCUUCAUUGAGAUUGUUUGGGAUACCCGUCAAUUCAACUCUCAAUGGCCCACAGAUGGCAGUCAGCCCUUCGUUCUUUCCAACGGUGAUCCGACUGGCUAUGGUCAACAUGGCGAUUACGUCUUUGGAUGGCAAGACGAUUCCCUUCAACGCGCCAUGGACCAGUGCACAGAUAUUGGUGGACAGCCUGAAAGCUGCCGUGUGCUUACCAGGAAUAGCGACGCUGAGAUGGACCGAUGUACUCUUCCCACCGUCGUCAACGAGCGUGUUGAAGGAGUAUACCUCAACGAACUCCCUGGCUGCAACCCCCUCCAGAAUGGCCCCAACCCCGCUACCAUGGUCAGGGACUGCCGCGCCCUCUCGACCACUGGUGUCGGAGGCCCUGUCGUCACCAAUCCUCCUGUUGUCACGAACCCUCCAGUCGUUCAACCACCUCCUCCUGUCACCAACCCUGGAGCGCCUCUCCAGACUCGAUAUGGCCAGUGCGGUGGUCAAGGGUGGACUGGACCUACCCAGUGCCAGCCCCCGUAUGCUUGCCAGGUUUCGAACCAGUGGUACUCUCAGUGUAUCUGA